CGAGGAAGAGGAAGAGCGAGCGAGCGAGCGAGCGCGAGAGAGUUUUGGUCUCCUUCUUCUUCUUCGUGGUGGUGGUGUUCAUAACUUCGUCAAUCGUAUCGAUCGAUCGAGCGAAGCGAGCAAAUGGGGAGGCGGGUGAAGCGGUCCAAUGGAGCUGCCAGCAGCACCGCGCAAGAUCUGGGUAGCGAGAGCAGCAGCGGCAUCGUUAGUAGCAAGGAAGGGGGAGGCCACGUUUUGAGCCUACCUUCGACUUCUUCUUCCUCUUCCUCUUCUUCGCAGAUUCAUGUCCUGGCCGUGGACGAUAGCCUUGUGGAUCGGACCGUCAUCGAGAGGCUGCUCAAGACGUCCUCUUCCUCGUUCAAAGUCACGGCCGUGGACAGCGCAUUGCGAGCGCUGGAAAUUCUGGGCAUUGUUGACGGACAGGCUUCUCCAGCAGCAGCUCCUUCCGAGGGCAUUCAAAUCAGCAUGAUCAUCACGGAUUACUGUAUGCCUCAUAUGACAGGCUAUGAUCUUCUGAAGAGAGUAAAGGGUGUUUCUUCACUCAAGGAGAUCCCGGUUGUGAUCAUGUCGUCUGAAAACGUAGAACAAAGGAUAAACAGUUGCUACGAAGAAGGUGCCGAGGACUUCAUCAUAAAGCCCGUGAAGCUGGCCGAUGUCAAGCGCCUCGUUAGCGGUCACCUGGGGGGAAAGAGCAGCGAGGUUGAAACGUUAGCUGCGAAUACCAGGAAGAGAAAGCGCGUCUUGGAGGACAAUUCUCCUCCGAGACUCCAUCAGAGAGUAGCAGUCCAAUGAGCAGCGCGCGAGAUCUGGUAAAGUCUUCACAAGUUGGGACGAAACAUUCUUCUCGUUCCUGCAAGGCUUUCAGUAUCGGUUGCGGCAGCCAGGAUUUUUGCCUCGGCUUUUUCCUCCUUUUUCCAAAGGAGCUGAUUUUAGCAGCAAAAGCUUACCGGCACGAAUUUGUAUAGAACAGGGAACACUCUUUUUGUAGUGCUUUUAUUACGAAGCAAUUCACUUCAAGAUGUUAUCUGGCA